GGUUAUUGCCGGCGUUUCGAGCUUCCCGGCUGGCAUUAAACUGAAAGGCGUUUAAGAUGCGCGGGGUGAAUGACAAAAGCGAAGAAGAAGCACAUCCUGAAACAGCUGAGAAUUAACUAUUUACGAAAAAUGCAUUUAAAUACAGUUUAUAUUACCGUGGGCACCACCAAAUUCGAUGCUCUAAUAUCAACUGUAUCUUCGGAACCCGCUCUAAAAGCUCUCCAGAGCCGUAAAUGCACGCAACUCGUCAUACAGCACGGAAAUUCGCAACCAUUGACAGAGGAGGAAAUACAAUUGAUAAGAAAGAACUACGGAAUCCAGACAGAGCAGUACAAAUUCCGACCAAAUGCAGAGGACAUUAAGUCCGCAGACCUUAUUAUUGGACAUGCGGGGGCCGGAACUUGCAUGGAUAUACUAAAUAACCAGAAACCUGGACUCAUUGUGAUUAAUGACACACUCAUGGACAAUCACCAACUGGAGUUGGCGAAACAACUGGCCGCUGAAAACUAUUUGUAUUACUGCAAAAUUACAGACUUGGAUGCCCAGCUAGCUACAUUGGACUUUGAAGCCCUAAAGGCCUAUGAAACCAAACCGGAAAAUCUCAGCAAAUUCGUUUCCGCCAUCAAUCAACUGAUGUCCCAUUGAAAACCAACAAACAUUCCAAGAAAAGGAAAGCUUCUUUUGGUGCCAACCCCAAGGGGGUUAACUUUUGCUAUUUUGCAUAUAUUUGAGUUUACAAGUAUAGUUAAUAAACACGAGAACGUCUACGAAGAACAUUGAAUAUUGUUAGCAAUCUAACGCUUGUUGGGGCUAUACGAUAUAGAUAAAUUCACAAUUAAACAUUAAACGUA